AUAAGCUGUUUAUUAACAGAUUGAUUAAAAUGUCAGUACAGAGUCCCACAGCUCUCUGUACACAAAUCCCAUGGGGGAGAGAGAUAGCUGCUCAGAAGUGUGGACAAUCCUGAGAGCUCAGGGAAGACCACCACUACUGCUCACAUUCUUGGCCCAAGAGGAACCUGCCUGGAGCCCUCUGGACACAGAAACCUAGGAGCAAUAAAGGACAGAAUCCUUCCAUUCUCUGCUUGCACCCAGAGCUGAAAGCCAGUCUUGAGGAACUCUGACACAUCUGAGAGCAGAGGUAAGACCACCACUUCUGCUCUGAGGGACCCGCCCGGAACACUCAGGGCACAGGAACCCAGGAGCAAUCUGGGACAGGGUCCUUCAGGUUUCUGCCUGAGCCCAGAGUUGACCCUGUGACGCAGCUCUCUGUACCUACAUUCCACUGGGAGAAAACCUGAAUCCAGGACUGCUGACACACAGGCUUACAGGAGGAGGGUCAAACCACUGUCAGAGACUACAAGACCAGCUAACACCAGAGACAACCAGAUGAUGAGAGGCAAGCGCUGGAACCUAAGCAACAGAAACCAAGACCACUUGGCAUCAUCAGAGACCAGUUAUACCACCAAAGCAAAUACUGGAUAUCCAACACACUGAAAAAGCAAGAUCUGGAUUUAAAAUAACAUCUCAUGAUGAUGUUAGAGGACUUUACAAAGGACAUAAAUAAUUCCUUUAAAGAAAUACAGGACGGCACAGGUAAACAAGUAUAAGCCCUUAAAGAGGAAACACAAAAAUCCCUCAAAGAAUUACAGGAAAACUAAACAGGUGAAGAGUUGAACAAAACCAUCCACAAUUUAAAAAUGGAAAUAUGAACAAGAAAGAAAUCACAAAGAGAGAUAGAAAUCGUGGAGAUAGAAAACCUAGGAAAGAGAUCAGGAGUCAUAGAUGCAAGCAUCACCAACAGAAUACAAGAGAUAGAGGGGAGAAUCUCGGGGGAAGAAGACACCAUAGAAAACACUGACACAACUAUCAAAGAAAAUGUAAAACGCAAAAAGCUCCUAACCCAAAACAUCCAGGAAAUCCAGGACACAAUGAGAAGAUCAAACCUAAGGAUAAUAGGUAUAGAAGAAAGGGAAGAUUCCCAGCGUAAAGGGCCAGUGAAUAUCUUCAACAAAAUUAUAGAAGAAAGCUUCCCUUACCUAAAGAAAGAGAUGGGGCUGGAGAUAUGGCUCAGUGGAUAAGAGCACCGACUGCUCUUCCAGAGGUUCUGAGUUCAAAUCCCAGCAACCAUAUGGUGGCUUACAACCAUCUAAUGCCCUCUUCUGGUGUGUCUGAAGAUAGUUACAGUGUACUUAUAUAUAAUAAAUUAAUAAAUCAUAAAAAGUAAAGAAAUAGAUGCCCAUAAACAUACAAGAAGCCUACAGAACUCCAAAUAGAUUAAAACAGAAAAGAAAUUCCUCCUGUCAUAUAAUAGUCAAAAGACCAAAUGCACAAAACAAAGAAAGAAUAUUAAAAGCAGAAAGGGAAAAUGAUAAGUAAUAUAAAAAGGUAGACCUAUCAGAAUUACAUCAGACUUCUCACCAGAGACUAUGAAAGCCAGAAAAUCCUGGGCAGAUACCAUAUAGACCCCAAGAAAAUACAAAUGCCAGCCCAGGCUACUAUAUCUGGCAAAACUCUCAAUUAACAUAGAUGGAGAAACCAUGUUAUUCCAUGACAAAGCCAAAUUUACACAAUAUCUUUCGAUAAAUUGACCUUUACAAAGGAUAUUAGAUGGAAAACUCCAAUACAAGAAGGGAAACUACACCAUAGAAAAAGCAAGAAAGUAAUUUUCUUGCAACAAACCCAAAACACAAACACAAUUCCACCUCUAACAACAAAAAUAACAGGAAUCAAAAAUCACUAUUCUUUAAUAUCUCUUAACAUCAAUGGACUCAAUUCCCCAAUAAAAAGACAUAGACUAACAGACUGGAUACAUAAAGAGGAUCCAGCAUUUUGCUGCUACAGGAAACACACCUCAGUGUCAAAGACAGACACUACCUCAGAGUAAAAGGCUGGAAAACAAUUUUCCAAGCAAAUGGUCCCAAGAAAUAAGGUACAUUAGUCAUUCUUAUAUACAAUAAAAUAGACUUUCAAACAAAACUUAUCAAGUGGGAUGAGGAAGGACAUUUCAUAAUCCUCAAAGGGAAAAAUCCAGCAAGAGAAAGUCUCAAUUCUGAAUAGGUAUGCUCCAAAUGCAAUGGCAACUACAUUCAUAAAAGAAAACUUACUAAAGCUCAAAACACACAUUGCAUCUCACACAAUAAUAGUGGAAAACAUCAACACCUCACUGUCCUCAAUGGACCGAUCAUGGAAACAGAAACUAAACAAAGACACAGAAAAACUAACAGAAGUUAUGGAUGAAAUGGAUUUAACAUAUCUAUAGAACAUAUCUAAUUCAUCUUAAAACAAAAGAAUAUACCUUAUUCUCAGGACCUCAUGUACCUUCUCUAAAAUUGACCAUAAAGUUGGUCACAAAAAGGCCUCAAAAGAUACAAGAAGAUUGAAAUAAUCCCAUGCAUCUUAUCAGAUCACCAUGGACUAAGGCUAGUCUUCAAUAACGACAAAAAUGACAGCAAGCCCACAUACACAUGUUGAACAAUGCUCUACUCAAUGAUAACGUGGUCAAGGAAGAAAUAAAGAAAGAAAUUAAAGACUUUUAAGAAUUUAAUGAAAAUGAAGGCACAACAUACCCAAACUUAUGGGACACAAUGUAAGCAGUGCUGACAGGAAAAUUCAUAAAAGAAACUGGAGAGAGCAUACACUAGCAGCUUGAUACAAUAAUUAAAAGCUCUAGAACAAAAAGAAGCAAAUGAACCCAGGAGGAGUAGAUGUCAGGAAAUAAACUCUGGACUGAAAUCAAUUAUGUAGAAACAAAAAGAACUAUACAAAGAAUCAACAAAGCCAGGAGUUGAUUGUUUGAGAAACUACAAAAGAUAGAUAAACCCUUAGCCAGACUAACCAGAAGGCAGAGAGAGAAUAUCCAAAUUACCAAAAUCAGAAAUGAAAAGGGAGACAAAACAAAAGAACCUGAAAAAAUUAAAAAAAUAAUCAGAUCCUACUACAAAAGCCUAUAUUCAACAAACCUGGAAAAUCUGGAUGAAAUGGACAAUUUUCUAGACAGAUACCAGGAACCAAAAUUAAAUCAGGAUCAGAUAAACCAUCUAAACAGUCCCAUUACUCCUGAAGAAAUAGAAGCAGUUAUUAAAAGACUCCCAACCAAGAAAAGCCCAGGACCAGAUUGGUUUAGUGGAGAAUUCUAUCAGACCUUCAUAGAACACCUAAUACCAAUACUGUCCCAACUAUUCCACAAAAUAGAGAUAGAAGGAACACUACCCAAUUUGUUUUUCAAAGCCACAAUUACAUUUAUACUUAAAACACCAAGACCCAAUGAAGAGAACUUCAGACCAAUUUUACUUAUGAAUAUUGACACGAAAAUACUCAAUAAAAUUCUUGCAAACUGAAUCCAAGAACACAUCAAAACAAUCAUCCAUCAUGAUCAUAUAGGCUUCAUUCCAGGGAUGCAGGAAUGGUUCAAUAUACGGAAAUCCAUCAAUGUAAUGCACUAUGUAAACAAACCCAAAGAAAAUCACAUGAUCAUCUCAUUAGAUACUGAGAAAGGAUUUGACAUGAUUCAAUACCCCUUCAUGAGAAAAGUCUUGGAAAGAUCUGGAAUUCAAGGCCCAUACUUAAACACAGUAAAAACAAUAUACAGCAAACCAGUAGCCAACAUCAAACUAAAAGGGGAGAAACUUGAAGCAAUCCCACUAAAAUCAGGGACUAGACAAGGCUAUUUCCCUCCUUACUCAAUACCGAAUUUGAAGUCCUAGUUAGAGCAAUCAGAUAACAAAAGGAGGUAAAAGGGAUACAAAUUGGAAAGGAAGAACUCAAAAUAUCACUACUUUCAGAUGGUGUGACAGUAUAUUUAAGUGAUCCCAAAAGUUCUACCAGAGAACUCCUACAACUGAUAAACAAAUUCAGCAAAGUGACUGUAUAUAAAAUUAACUCAAACAAAUCAGUAGCCUUCCUCAACUCAAAGGAUAAACAGGCUGAGAAAGAAAUUAGGGAAAUGACACCCUAUAAUAUAAAAUACCUUGGGGUGACUCUUACCAAGCAAGUGAAAGAUCUGUAUGACAAGAACUUCAAGUCUGUGAAGAAAGAAACUGAAGAUCUCAGAAGAUGGAAAGAUCUCCUAUGCUCAUGGAUUGGCAGGAUUAAUAUAGUAAAAAUGGCCAUCUUGACAAAAGCAAUCUAUAGAUUCAAUGCAAUACCCAUCAAAAUUCCAACUCAUUCUUCAUAGAGUUAGAAAGACCAAUUUGCAAAUUCAUUUGGAAUAACAAAAAAACCCCAGGAGAGUCAAAACUAUCCUCAAAAAAAUAAAAGUACUUCUGGGAGAGUCACCAUCCCUGACCUCAAGGUGUAUUAAAGAGCAAUAGUAAUAAAAACUGUAUGGUAUUGGUACAGAGACAGGCAGUAUAUCAAUGUAAUAGACAUGCAGGCCCAGACAUGUACCCACAUACCUGUGGUGACUUGAUCUUUGACAAAGGAGCUAAAGCCAUCCAAUGGAAAAAAGAUAGCAUUUUCAACAAAUGGUGCUGGUUCAACUGGAGGUCAACAUGUAGAAGAAUGCAGAUCGAUCCAUGCUUAUCACCCUGUACAAAGCUAAAGUCCAAGUGGAUCAAGGACCUCCACAUCAAACCAGAUACACUCAAACUAAUAGAAGAAAAAGUGGGGAAGCAUCUCGAACACAUGGGCACUGGGGAAAAUUUCCUAAACAGAACACCAAUGGCUUAUGCUCUAAGAUGAAGAAUGGACAAAUGGGACUUCAUAAAAUUGCAAAGCUUCUGUUAGGCAAAGGACACUUCCAGUAGGACAAAACGGCAAUCAACAGAUUGGAAAAAGAUCUUUACCAAUCUUACAUCCGAUAGAGUGCUAAUAUCCAAUAUAUACAAAGAACUCAAGAAGUUAGACUCCAGAGAAUCAGACAACCCUAUUAAAAAUGGGGUCCAGAGCUAAACAAUGAAUGCUCAACUGAGGGAUAUCAAAUGGCUGAGAAGCACCUAAAGAAAUGUCCAAUAUCCUUAGUCAUAAGGGAAAUGCAAAUCAAAACAACUCUGAGAUUCUACCUCACACCAGUCAGAAUGGUUAAGAUCAAAAACUCAGGUGACAACAGAUGCUGGCGAGGAUGUGGAGAAAGAGGAACACUCCUCCAUUGUUGGUGGGAUUGCAGACUGGUACAACCAUUCUGGAAAUCAGUCUGGUGGUUCCUCAGAAAAUUGGACAUUGUACUAUCUUAGGACCCAGCUAUACCUCUCCUGGGAAUAUACACCCAAAAGAUGCUCCAACAUAUAACAAAGACACGUGCUCCACUAUGCCGUAUUUAUAAUAGCCAGAAACUGGAAAGAACCCAGAUGCCUUUUCACAGAGGAAUGGAUACAGAAAAUGUGGUACAUCUACAUAAUGGAGUACUAGUCAGCUUUUAAAAACAAUGACAUCAUGAAAUCCAUAGGCAAAUGGAUGGAACUAGAAAAUAUCAUCCUGAGUGAGGUAACCCAAUCACAAAAACAAACAAACAAAAAACCCAAAAAAUCCCCACCCACAGUAUGCACUCACUGAUGAGUGGAUAUUAGUGCAACAGCUCAGAUUACCCAAGAAGCAAUCGACAGACCACAUGAAGCUCAAGAAGAAGGAAGAACAAAGUGUGGAUGCUUCAGUCCUUCUCAGAAGGGGGAACAAAAAUAUUCAUAGGAGGAGAUAUGGAGACAAAGUGUGGAGCAGAGACUGAAGAAAUGGCCAUUCAGAGCCUGCCUUACCUGGGGAUUCAGCCCAUAUACAGAUAGUCACCAAACCCAGUCACUAUUGCUGAUGCCAAGAAGUGCAUGCUGACAGAAGCCUGAUAUAGCUGUCUCCUGAGAGGCUCAGCCAGAGCCUGACAAUUGCAGAGGCUCAUGCUAGCGGCAAACCACUGAACUGAGAACGAGUUCACUAUUGGAGGAGUUAGAGAAAGGAUCAAAGAAGUCGAAGGGGUUGGGACCCCAUAAGAAGAACAAUACCGAGGUUGAAUAUUGAGUGUCCUGGGAGGUCAGAUUGCUGUCAGACAUGGCUGCUGGACAUGGUCACGAACAUGGACAUGGUCAUGGUAAAAUGGAACUUCCAGAUUACAGACAGUGGAAAAUUGAAGGGACGCCAUUAGAAGCGAUGCAGAAGAAGUUUGCUGCACAAGGGCUGAGGGAUCCAUGGGCUCACAAUGAGGCUUGGAGAUAUAUGGGUGGCUUUGCAAGCAAUGUUAUCUUCACGAGCGUAAUAGUAAAAGGACUCAAAUGGGGGUUUGCUGUGUUUGUGGUAGCUUUAGGGGCUGAAUAUUUUCUGACUUCCCAGAAUGAGUGUAAGAAGCAUCACUGAAGACAGCACCUUGUGAUAUCUUCCAUGAAAAUAAGAUUCUUUCACCAUAGCAUCCUUGGCUGUAUGUCUGUCCUUGAAAGAAUAUUAGUAUGGUUUAAUAAAGCAAGAAAAACUGAAAAAAAAAAAAAGAACAAUACCAACCAACCAGAACUCCCAGGGACUAAACCAUUACCUAAAGAGUACACAUGGAUAGACCCAUGGCUCCAGCUGCACAUGCAGCAGAGGAUGGCCUUGUUGGGCACCAAAGGGAGGAGAAGCCCUUGUUCCUGCAAUGGAUAGAACCCCCCUGGUAUAGGGCACUGUUAGGGCAAGGACCUGGGAAUGGGUUGGAUGGGGCAAAGGGGAUAACAUUUGAAAUGUAAAUUAAAAAGCCAAUAAAAAUGUGAAAAAAAAUGUCAAUACGAAGGUCAAAAAGAAAAAGAAAAGAAAAAAAACAAAACAGGUGAGUCUGGCCUCACCCAGAGCAGCUGCAGUCCUGAGACACUGUGGUUCCCUUGUACAAUUCAGGUGUCUUCCCCCAAUAUAGACCAUCCUUAAAGUGAUGUAAUUUAAUGUCUGUCUUCCCCAACAGACUUAAGACUCUACAAGGGCAGAGUUCACAUCUGUCUUGAUACCAUUACUCCAAGGACCUUGGUGAAUCAACUUUGCAAUACAUUUGACAAAUUAUCCUUAAAGCAUAUAAACCUAAGCAAAAGGAAAUACAAUAUCUUCCAGAUAUUCUAGAACAAAAUAUUUCCAUUUAUAAAGGUUACAUAAUGAAUGCAAUACACAAAAGUCUGUAUAGUUAAGACAUAGGAUCAGUACAGAAACAACAAUUAUUUGCCCAAAUGACUGAGUGGUAUAUCAAAAUUAAAGCAUAUUCUUUCUAAGCACAAUGUCCAAAGCCUCUACCUCUGGCCUCCUAAAAAUAAACUCGAGUCUCAAAGGCAAAGCCUUUAUCAAAAUAAUAAGUACCUCUUAAACUAGGAUUAUAGUACAGUAUACUCUCAACGCACGUUACUACUGAAAAAAUUGAUUGCUCCAAACCCAUCGUAAAUUAAAAAAAACACUUUAUUGAAUUUCCUCAGCACACACAGAGAUACAGAUAUACACAGACACUUUUUAUUAAUUGAUUUAUUUUAUAUAUGUGAGUACACUGUAGCGUCUUCAUGACACCAGAAGAGGGCAUCGGAUCUCAUUGCAGAUGGUUGUGAGCCACCAUGUGGUUGCUGGGAUUUGAACUCAGGACCUCUGGAAGAGCAGUCAGUGCUCUUAACCGACACAGACACUUUUUACACACUUUGUUUUUACACAGACACUUUUAUACUCCACCACCAGCUUUUGCUCUUGAUAAUUAAUGAGAGAAAGCCAAAUUUCAUUCACUAAUGAAAAUAUAAUUUUUAUUAUAUUUUGUACAACUGAAUUCAGUUAUCUAUGAACCUGUACUCUGGCUUUAAGACAAUCUUAAGU